AUGGCCAAAUCGAAGAAACCUGCCACUUUGGUGGCUAAUGCUGAUUCCGUAAUCUUUUCAACGUAUCAGGGCGAGAAACAGCUUGCAGAACUAGUGAAGCUCCUUGAUAAAGAUCUUUCAGAGCCCUAUUCGAUCUUUACGUAUCGUUAUUUUCUGUACAAUUGGCCACAGCUGAGCAUCUUGGCACGAGUGCAGCACAAACUCGUGGGCGUCAUAAUUUGUCGCCAGGAGCCACUGGGUGCUACCCCCGAAGAGACGGGAGAUGAUGGACUGAGCUUUCAGGAUGGAUCCAACAAGCGUCAUUGGAGAGGGUACAUUGCUAUGCUUGCAGUGGAAAAGCAAUUUCGCCACCGUGGUAUCGGCUCGCAGCUGGCACAGAAAGCCAUCGAGCGGAUGCGGGAUGACGGAUGCGAAGAGGUGAUGCUGGAGACAGAGAUUGCUAACAAAGGAGCCAUUCGUCUGUAUGAAAAUCUGGGCUUUGUGCGUGACGAGCGUCUAGUCAAAUACUAUUUAAAUGGUGGUGAUGCUUAUCGUCUCAAACUCUGGCUACAGGACGUGACGCUUCGCGGUCUAAAUGCCAUUAAAAAGUCCAAGAAUGUCUUUUUAGAGAGCUAUACAUCAGUGUUAGGCGUAGAAAUUGACAAGCUGGAAACAUUUUACGGUCGAGCGGUGAUUCUUGCCGAUCGAGACUGCGUGGAGACAGGUGCUGACCAGAUCCUUACCGAUGCCAAGAAUGACGACGUCGCAUUCCUCGUGGUUGGUGACCCGCUUUGCGCCACAACUCACUCGGAUUUGAUUUUGCGUGCCAAGGAGCUGGACAUCAAGGUGGAGGUGAUUCACAACGCAUCCGUCAUAGGAGCAGCCGGUGCAUGUGGUUUGCAACUCUACUCAUUCGGACAAACUGUGUCCAUUCCGUUUUUUCGUGAUGAUUGGCGUCCCGACAGCUUUUAUAAAAAGAUUCAGUACAAUCGUCGUGGCGGCAUGCACACACUCUGUCUGUUGGACAUCAAGGUGAAAGAGCCGGAUUUUGAAGCAAUGUGUCGUGGUCGUACUGUGUAUUUGCCGCCUCGCUUUAUGACAGUGAAUCAGGCGCUCGAGCAGCUUAUCGAAAUUGAGGAGAAACAUCAGGAUGGAGCGUACACCAAAAACACAAUGUGUGUGGGUAUGGCUCGCCUCGGUCAAAAGGAUCAGACAAUUAUUGCUGGUACGAUGAAGGAGCUACUGACUGCUGACUUUGGCGCCCCGCUGCACUGUCUUGCGAUUACUGGAGAGGUUCAUCCACUUGAGGAAGAGAUGCUCAAGCAAUUCUACAUACAAAAAUAG